UAUAUUUAUUUUGCAUGCGUUUAAUGUUCUUGAAUCGAUGUAACUUAGCUUGCCAGACUUUAUAUCCUUAUCUUUGCGAAUAUGGGAGUAUCAUGGAAACCACUUUACGUACUUUAAUGUUUUGAGCUUUGCGGUCUCAUUUAUUUGCAUUGUCUAUGUUUGUAUUGUUUAAAAAUUUAGCUGAAGAAGUGAUGAUGGUCUAACUGGUCCAGAUGUUGGGUCUUGGAGGAAGAAGCUCAGCUCUGGACAGGGCGAAAGCACAUCUCUCUGGACAGAGGAUUUCUGCCAUAUCAAAGGACAAAAGAAAUGUGGGAAACAAUGGGACAGUGGUACCACAGUCCAAACAGGCGAAGUUUUUGGACCUGAGUGACGUCUCUUCGACAUCACAGAGUAAAAACGGCGAUGAUCCUGCGCAGAAACCAUCAGAGAACUUCAGUUUGGGUGGUGGGAGUCGAUUUUUAAAGAAGACCUCUAGAGAUGCCGCAGGGGACGGACGGUCGAGUCCUGGUGGACCCGACAAAUUUGAGUUAAUACCUCAGCGCAAUUCACACAGCGCGGCUUUAAGCAAACUCUCACUCAUCGAGAACCGCAUCAGGAACCAAAAGGGUAAAGGGGAAGGACUCGGUAUCCAAACAGAACCACAAGAGACACGAUUAUCUCUCCAGUCCAGCAGCGAUCUGAGCAUGACAGGAGGUCGCUUUCUGAAAAAAAAUAAGACUUUGUCUGAACAUCAAGAGCCCUUGAAGACUCCUCAUAAAACACCAUUAGAGUCGAUCACCGCUGCCUCUGGUGUGAAUGAACGUAAAGGAUGGAGAUUUAGUCCGGACAGUGAUGAACAAGACAUCCAAAGACUUUUAGGAGAUUCUUUCAGUUUAUCAGAGGACAUCAUGCGAAAACCAGCAAGUCCUGAACCAUUUCACAGGACGAGCAUUAAAACAUCUAUUCGACCUUCUCCAACUUCAAAACAUCCUCCAUCAUCACCUAAACCUCCACCCUCCAGCAGGCCGGACUCACGCAGGCUGAUGUUCACCGAACGCUCAAUGUCUUCUGAAUCAGAUCACAGUGAGAUCAAAUCGCUGGAUGAUCUCUUUCCUGUGGCCGCCGCACUCGAUUCAGACGACACUGUGAGCGAGAGGAGUGCAGCAUCUGAUGAUUUUAAACUUCAUGUCAUGUCACUCGAUGAUCUGGCUCCUGUCCUCUCUGAGGUGGCUGAAAUCUCACAUGACAAGGUUGAAACGAAACUCAAAAACGAAGGGGUCAGUAAAUCAACUAAUAAAAUCAUAAAAGUUCCUUCACCACCCACUCCAGAAGAGCUUUCAGCAGCCUACGAGAGUGAUUUCGAGAGCGAGAUCCCGUCUGAAGAGCCAGCGAGCGUCAGCGAGGUCUCAGAACAUCUCACAGAUGAAAACAAAGAUGUAUCCGAGGCUCAAAGCUCGUACAAAUCCCAGGAUGAAGAUGAUAAACUCACUUCACUAUCAGAAUCAUCUCGCUCAUCCAGACACCGUAGACAUUCCGACUCUUCAUCACAGUCCGGUUCUUCUGAUGCGACAGUGACUCGUGGUCCCAGUCCUGAGCGUCAGAUGAAGGACACCGCUGUACAGACGCAGACGGACGGACUGACGUACACGUGGUCCUCAGGAAUGGCUGCUGUAGGUCCGUCGCUGGGAAUGACAUAUGUGGAUCCGACUCCGAUAGCCAGUCACACAGUCAGCGCUGAAGCCAUCGAGAGUGUGACGUCCUACAGUCCUGCUAUGCUUGCUCUGAACGAUAUGUUACGCCAACAGUUGGCUCUCACCAGGGCUUUUAUAGACACCACAAGACGCCAUUACACAUCGGUGAUGGAGGCACUGGGAACGGGUGACUACAAAUACACCACAUUAGAGGACACUAAAGAGUUCAUCCGUACUCACAGGCCACCUAAACUGAGCAUGGAAGAAGCUUUAGAGGAAGUCCUGCAGGAGAUGAGGGAUUAUCAUUACAUUUGACAUUGUGAAUAUACAGUUUAUACUAGAUUAUACACGGCCAAAACACAAGAUGUGAUGCAGUAUUAUGUGUAUAAUAAAAUUGUAUUUUGUAUCUGUUGUGAAUAGCGAUGGGAGAAACGAAGCUUUUCGAAGCUUCGAAUCAAUUGAACCAAUUGCUUCACAAAUUGAUUCAGUUUUUCGAAGCGUUCGAAACGCCACGCACGCUGGCCAAACAUUUUACACUUUUGCAAAAUAAUAGCAAGACUUUUCUAAAAAAAUUUUUUUAAAGAAAAAUAAAUGAUUUAACUUAAGCCAUA